AAAGGCUUGUGUGAUGCAUGCUGAAAGGAGAGGGGUCACGAGGGAAAUUAUGCGAUUACAAGGUUGGGGAGCAGAUACUACUCAAGGACGGAAGGACCAUUCACCACUGCUGCCUGCCCCUUGCUUGUGACGAGAUUGGACAUAGGUGGCACAGAACACUGAAGUCAUGACUUUCUACAUGGAGCUGAGAACUGCUCCCUCCGGAAAUUGUGUUAAACUGCCUUGUGAUUCGCCAGGGCUGGGCAACUGGAAAGCUGCUCGAUAUGAUGCCACUACCCAAUCGCCGUGCCGCGUCUCAGCCAACUCCCUGAGCCCCAGACCCCACAUUCAGAGGCGCAGCCUGCCGCCGGAUUCCAGAGUCGACCUCUUGGGCUUGCCCGGCCGAGCGAAGGGCAUGUCCUCGCUGGUCCGCACACAGUCAGAGACCAACCCCUUUCGGGAAACGACCCCCAGCAGCCCGGGGAGGUCCACUGCUCCCACCUCUCCAGUGGGCAUCAGGACUCGCUCUUUCUGCCCCGUUACCUUGGAGAACACAAUCAAAAAGGUGGGCGUCAGCGCCAGAGGUAAAAGCUCAGUGGUUACUUUCAGCUAUAUUGAAAAAUCCAAGGUGAAGACCAUUGUUAAUCCCCUCAAUUCAUCAAUGGUUCCUCGGGACACAAAACCUCCUUCCACCUCAGUUGGAUAUAGAAGUCCAUCUCCUGGGCGCAAAAUGCCAGGUCUUGCAUCAAAACUGCCUCAGAUGGGAAGUCUAGACACAGUGACUCUGGGAGCCUCCAGCAGACCAUCAGACAGAAUGGUUUCCAACCAAGGCUCAGCUCUCUUGCUUGGCAGUGGAAGCCCAGUGUGUUCUGAUGCUCAAGAUUCCAGCGUUGGCCUCCGAAAUGGGAAUAAAAUAGACCAUGUGCUCACUUCAAAGCCAACGCAGACCAGGAGUUUGAACCUAGGAACAAAGCCAAUGACUGCUUCCCCUUUCAAUGACAAUUCCAUCAGUAAUGGCAUCCUAUCCAAUCACAGCUCAGAUCUCUCAGUUGGAAGGGAGAGUCCUAACAGUCCCGGCUUCAAACAGGCAUUCUCCUGCACAUGGGCCAGGGAGCAUUCCGAGCGGGCUCAGAAGAUCGCAAAGGCCAGGCGAGAGUUCUUCUAUGGGACAUCGGAGCCACAAGCCCCGGAGGAUAAAGGAGAAUCUGGAAUCCAGCAACCAUUGGCAAAUCUGCACAUUACUGAAAAGAAUGAGGCAGCAGAGGAGAAGCAGAAGGAGCCAUUCACUGGUGGACCCUCUCAGGCGUGUAAGCCAGUCUGUCAUGGCUUGGGAGAGGUGCAGAGUGAUCUGAAGGGCCCACCUUUGCCAAAUGGGAAUUGCUCGGCAGGAGACGCAUCCAGAGAGACCAGAUACUCAGAGACAGACUUGGAUGCCGUGCCGGUAAGGCGCUACCAGGAAACCAACCUGGAUGAAGUCAUGGCUGAGUACGAGACAGUCAGUCCCGACAAGUGUCAGAGUCCACACCUGCCAAGCUCAGUGGUUGGAUGUGAUGCCCAGAGAGACCAUGCUCCUCCUCCCGUGGAGACCGCGAUAGAUGGCAGUCCUGGGGGUGGGGAGGAGAGCAGAGAAGAGCCCAAAGACCCUGAGGAUGAAGUGUUCUACGGGUCCUGUUCUGCUGUCGCUGACAGGUCACCAGACACAGAGGUCAAAAACCUUCUUCCAUCUGUUGCCCCGGUCAGUCUUUCCAGAAGCCUCUCUGAAGACGGCACUGACACCUUCAGCAAACAAUUUGAAUGCAUCCUGGAGUCUCACUGUGCCAAAGGCACCUCCUACACCAGCCUUGACUCAGUGGAAAUUCUGGCCUCCCCCAGAAGAAGCCAGGGGAAUUACUUCACCUUUGACUUUCCAACCCUAACCUCAGAAAUCCAGGAACAGAUUAAGCAGAACGCCCGUCUGAUCGAAGAGAAGUUCUUAACUUGGAGCAAUGCUAGUUCAUCCACAGGCUCCAGAGGGGACUUGAACCAGCCAGAAAGCCCCAAGUCACAGGGGUCAAGAGCAGACAGGAAUCCAAACGCCAAUCCAAUGGUGGGCUACAGCAAGUCCGAGAACCUUCUCAGCAGGCGCCAGCUCUACACAGGCAACCAUUUACUCAAGGGGGUUCUUGAAAUGGGCGCCGAUGAACCAAAGUCAGAUUAUUCAUCCAGAUGCUGCUGGUCCAUUGCAAGAGAGAGAAGAAGAGGCUGCAGGCACCGUCCAAGUGACAGCAAUUUGAACCACUUGGUGGUGGACUCAGAGUCCGAGAUGGACAGUACUGAACAGCUGGCGUUGGGAAGCACUGACACUUUGGCCAAUGGCAACAAGACUGACCAAGAGGCUGCCAAACGACUGGCCAAACGCCUCUAUUACCUGGACGGGUUCAAGAGGUCAGAUGUGGCUCGACACCUGGGGAAGAAUAAUGACUUCAGUAAGAUGGUGGCUGAGGAGUACCUUCGAUUUUUCGACUUCACGGGACUGAGCUUGGACCAAGCACUGAGGGUAUUCUUGAAGGAGUUUGCACUUAUGGGAGAGACACAGGAGAGGGAGCGAGUGCUGAUUCACUUUUCACAUAGAUACCACCAGUGUAAUCCGGACACCAUCUCUGCAGAGGAUGGCGUACAUACACUUACUUGUGCACUGAUGCUGCUAAACACAGACCUUCAUGGACAUAAUAUUGGCAAAAGGAUGUCCUGCUCUGACUUCAUCUUGAACCUGGAAGGAUUGAAUGAUGGAAAAGAUUUCCCCAAAGAUUUGCUCAAGGUUUUGUACAGCUCGAUCAAAAAUGAGAAAUUACAAUGGACAAUUAAUGAGGAGGAGCUGCGUAAAUCCUUGUCUGAGUUGGCCGAUGAAAGGGCAGACCCAGGCCUGAAGACCAUGAAGCGGAUCAGCAGUGGCAGCAACCCGUUCCUAGACAUCAUGCAGGACCCCAAUGCUGCCACGUACAAGCACGGCUUCCUGGUGCGCAAGGUGCACGCUGAUUCCGAUGGGAAGAAAACUCCCCGGGGCAGGAGAGGCUGGAAGACCUUCUAUGGUGUGCUGAAGGGGAUGAUCCUCUACCUACAGAAGGAUGCAUACAAGUCAGAUAAGCAGUUGUCAGAGGAAGAUCUGAAGAAUGCCAUCAGCAUUCAUCACUCACUGGCAGUACGGGCAUCCGACUACAGCAAGAAGCCCAACGUCUUUUACCUAAAGACGGCAGAUUGGAGAGUCUUUCUGCUGCAAGCCCCGAGCUCAGAGCUGAUGCAAUCCUGGAUCACCCGUAUAAACCUGGUGUCGGCCAUGUUUUCAGCUCCGCCAUUUCCUGCGGCCAUUGGUUCCCAGAAGAAGUUCAGCCGGCCUCUGCUUCCCACCGCGGUGACCAGGCUGUCCCUGGAAGAGCAGAUAAAGGCUCAUGAAGCCAGGCUGAAGGCGAUGACUGCAGAUCUGGCUGAGCAUCAUUCAGUCCCUCCCGACAAGAAGGCGAAGACUAAAGAGCUGGAGGAAUACAAACAGAAAGAGGAAUACCUGGAAUUUGAGGAGAUGCGGUUCUGCACGUACGUCUCACUGCUUCGGUCCAAGCUGAAAGCUGGAACCGACGACCUGGACAAGUUUGACGCCACCCUGUUCGACACAGCCGAGAGCGAGGGAAAUGGCCUGAAGAAGUCUCGCUCGAGCCCUUCCCUUAACUUGGAGCAGCCGGCGGCUGCGAUCAGAGUCAAGCGGAAUACGUCGGAACGCAGGAGCAAUCGGCACCAUGCCAGCACCAAGCACAAGCUAUAACGCACGGUUAGUCGAGCCCUGCACUGAGAGACUGGGUAGUGCAUCGUGCGUUCAGAAGCAACUUAAGGACAGUAGUAUAGAUCUGAUGGUACUCCUCCUUUGGUUGACGCAUGACAGACUCAAGGACUGGAUACGAUGUAGAAAUGGUUCUUGUUGCAGAGUGCAGACACUGUGACUUUCGGCGAUGGGUUGGGCUCAGUGCAACACUCUUGGGAAGGGGAGUGGCGAGCCGGCCACGUCUUGCAUCCGUCCACGAGAAAGCAAGACCUGGACCCCCCACCAACUUGUACUCUUAUUUGUCAAUCGCGAGCCACCUCUUCCUGCAAAGGGCUCUGUACUUUUCCCUCGACCAAUGGCGGAGGAAGGAAGGGCCGCCCUUUGCAGUGAAUGAGCCCAGAUUCCAUUGUGUUCCUAAUGCAGUGGCUGAAUAAGUAUGUUUCUGUUGGAUAAGGGGGGCACGGAGGCCCAGAGAGACACGGGGCAGCGGGGACGCACUUUAGUUUGUGCCUCUGACGUUAAGCCGGGGGCAACUGGGGAAAGGCUUCCGAAACUCCAGCAAUGGAGGCCGAGGAAAUGGGCUGUUCGUGCCCUUGCAGUUCUAACAAUUGCACACCAGCACUGGUGACGAGCCAAUAGCCUUGUUGUGUCAGCAGACUUCAACUUUAUUUAUUUUGUACUUCCCUUCCUCCUCUCCUUAUCCCCCAGCUGUCUGUACCUGCUUUCUCCCCCCUUGUGAAUGUUAAAUUAUUUCCGCGGAAAACGUCCGUUGAAUGCGUGUUUUAUGAAACGGGACCUCAGAAUGAAUAGGGGACUGGUUUUAGCACCUCCUUUUCUGUACAUGAUCAUGUCACACCGCUUACUAGACAGUUCAAUCCUGCUUCUGUCUGUUAUAUUGUUAGAAGUUCCCAGAUCUUGUUGGUGCUGGUUAAUUCUAAAGACAGAAGCUCAAUUCCAACCUGAAAGUUCCCAAUGGUCUAAAACGGUCAAUGGUGCGUGACACGGUGACAAUGGGGGCAGGUGAGCACUGUGUGUGACAGUAUGCACUACACACAAAAUGCUGGACGAAUUCAGCAGAUCAGGUGGACAUCUAUGGAAAUUGAUGCUUUGGGCCAAGACCUUCCAUCAGGACUGGUAAGGAAGGGGGAAGAAGCCAGAAUAUGAAGGUGAGGAGAGGGGAAGGAGCUAGAAGGCAAUAGGUGAAGCCAGGUGGGUGGGGGAGGGGGGUGAAGUAAGAAGCUGAGAGGUGAUAGGUGGAAAAAGCUGUAGGAGAAGGAAUAUGAUUGGAGAGGAGAGUGGACCAUGGGAGAAAGGGAAGGAGGAGGGGGUCCGAGGGGAGGCGAUAGGCAGAUGAGAAGAGUUAAGAGGGUGGGUGGCAAUGUAUACAUAAUGUGUGUCAUUGCAUGAAGAAGGAAGAUAUGUAGUACUAGUAGGUGUUGAGUUAAGUAUGACGUUCUCCCAAGAGGUUUCUCCUUGAUGAAGAAAGCCUGUGUGUGACUUCAUUUAGCGAGGCUGAUGCAUGGGCAACCGCCACAGGGUCCUUGACAGAUUGGGGUCAGGGUUCAGUGGCAAAGCAUCCAAGGUGAUUGAGGACCCUUCAUCGCAGCAGCCUUCCUCCACGCUCAGUGCUGUUGCAAUGCUUCAUCAUCUUCUGCCAGCCACCAAUGAGGUCUUGGUUGGAUCACUCUUUGUCUGGACCCUCCUCCUUGACUUCACUGCCGUGGGUGACUGCACCAGGAGCUAAGCUCUUGGGAUCUCCACCAUGACAAGGUGACAACCCUCAGAAAGGGGAAGAUAUAUAUUUUGUGGCAAUGCAACUAUGGGGGCAGGUGUGUACUUUCUGCAGAAGAUGUAGUGCUCUGUGAAGUCCAUGUGGGCAGCUGUGCACUCUGGAGCAGACAGACAGAACAGUGUGGACAGGUGUGCAUUGUGUUCCCGAGCAACCAGCACGGCCACCCUGAUGAGCUUCCUUGCCCGGCCUGUUGAUUUCCUCCAGCAUUUUGUGUAUGUUGCUUGGAUUUCCAGCAUCUGCAGAUUUUCUGUCUUGUGUUCCUUGCCUUUGCUGAGGUUUAGGGUUAGGUAGGAAUGGGCUGCCGAAUCACAUGGUGGGUUUUCCGCCAUUGUGUGGGACUGAGGGGGGCCCAGCUUACAGUGCUACUGGGGGCUGGUCAUAUCCUGGUUAUCAUCAGGUUGGGGGGAGGGGUAUUAGAAAUUCAAAGUAAAGGAGAGUCCUUUAUGUUUUCUCCAGUGUCCUGUAAGGUUGCGCUGGAUGGAUUGUCUGUUAUACUCUAGGGGACCAAUAGACUAUCUGAGUGAAUAAACACGAGAAAUUCUACAGAUGCUGGAUAUCCCGAGCAACACACACAAAAUGGUGGGGGAACCCAUGCCAGGCAGCAUCUACCCUCCUCACCUGAACAAUCGUUUUGGUGCAUGUUGUAUGAAAGUGAAAAUUACAGACAGAAAAGGACUGAUCUUGAGCAUUUGCUCCCACAUAUAGAGUGCUCCCGAAAGCAUGGUGAAUUUUGGCAUUGUCUCCCCAACAUUUGGACAGUAUUGGGUCCCAAAUAGUGAAACACUCCUUUCUUCAAAUGCCUCAUGGUCAUUAAAUUACCACUUCUGCACACAGUGGCUACUUUGUUAGGUGCAGGAUGGAACCCAGUGAGGUUGUCUGCUGCUAUAGCCCGUCCACUUCAAGAUUUGAUGUGUUGUGUACUCAGAGAUUGUCUUCUGCACGCCACUGUUAUAACGCUUGGUUAUUUGAGUUACUGUUGCCUUCCUGUCAGCUGGCCAUUCUCUGACCUCUCUCAUUCUCCCCCCAGAAUGCCACUCACUGGAUGUUUUAUUUUUUGCUUUUUGCUCCAUUCUCUGUAAACUGUAGAGACAUUUGUGCAUGAAAAUCCCAGGAGAUCAGCAGUUUCUGAGAUAUCUCCUCUGGCACCAACAAUCAUUCCAUGGUCAAAGUCACUCAGAUCUCAUUCCUUCCCCAUUCUGAUGUUCGAACUGAACUUCUUGACCAUGUCUGCAUGCAUUUUUGCAUUGAUUUCCUGCCUCAUGAUUGACUGAUUAGAUAUUUGCAUCAAUAAGCAGGUCUACCUGAUAUCAUGACUAGUUAGUGUAAUUGGAGGUAACCCACAUGAAACGAGAAAAAUGAGUUGGCAAGUUCUUCAGAGCAGAGUGGUUUACUAGAGCUAUAACCCACAGUGGGAUUUGAAGAAUUUUGCUGUUUGAACUCCUCAGCAUCCCACGUCUGAGAAUAAAUGCCAAGAAAUGGUGUGAGCCAACAUCCAGGUCUCAAGCUAAAGUUAUAUGUCUAGGUUAGUUGAUUUUGUUCAAAGUUCAAAGUAACUUUAUUAUCAAACUAUGUAUAUGCCACCAUACAUUUCCUUGCUGCCAUUCACAGCACAACAAAGAAAUAUAAUAGAAGCAUUGCGAAACCUACACACAAAGACUGACAACCAAUCUGCAAAUAAAAAGAAAUUGUAAAUAAAUAAUAUUGAGAACGUGAGUUGUAGAAUCCUUGGGAUUGAGUCCUUGAACUUUGAACUUAUUCUGCUGGAGACACAGGAUGGGAAGGGUAGCAACAAUCUGGACCUGCCAGCCAACCAAACUGCAGAUCACACCAGUCUGAUGUGUAAUCUGAUGCACCCAUUAGCCAGAGUUGCUGAUUGGUGGAGAGAAGGUGUCAUUCAUUGGGAGGCAGAGGGAGAUGAUAAGUGGAAAAGCAAGAUGCUGGAAUCUGAAGCAACUAACAAUCUGCUGGACGGUCGAGCAGCAACAGGACUUAAAUGAUGAGCAUUGUUGAUAGCAAGGUAUCCUUUUAUCUCUGGGCAAACUAAAGGGUGUUGUUAAGUCUUAUUUUAGUUUACUUUUGAAUUCCUCACCAGCACUUUGCCCUGUGUGAUUCCAGCUCUGGUUUGGUGCCAUCUAGGAUCUUGAGUAUGUUUAAUCCAUUCACCACUUCUAUGGUUUUUCCUCUGUAUCCUGCUCUCUUCCCUCACUGCUGUCCAUCACUGCCUUCUAUUUCUUAUCUCCUCCUUGGGUUUUGUUUCUUGCUUUACUGAGUUUGACAUGGUCUGUAUCGUUGCAAGUAACAGUUCUUUACAUCCUGUUGCCCACCAAGGAGUACAAUCUCUCCAGAUUCCAGGCCUCGGCAUCAAGCAGAGACCUCCGCUCUCUUCUGCCCAACUCUCUUACUCCCUCUCCCCUCCUCUGACCCUAUGUCUCACCCCAGUCCUGUCUUUACAAUCUCUGCAGAACCCCCAAUCUCCAACAGUGUCCGGUCAGUCCCCUGUGGAGGCUUCACUUUGUUCCUAUUUGCAUCUGAAUCUUGGGGGGUUGCUACCCUGUCUUGAUGCAGUAUUGAAGGCAACUGCAAUGUUUUCGUACAUUUCAAGAGGCCUAGAAUAUAAGAGCAAGGAUGUAUUGCUGAGGAUUUAUAAAGCAUUGUUCAGACCACAUUUGGAGUCUUGUGAGCAGUUUUGGGCUGCAUGUCAAAGAAAGGACAUACUGGCAUUGGAGAUGGUCCAAAGGAGAAUGACUUGGAAGGAUCCCAGGAACGAUAGGGUUAACCUGUGAGAAGCGUUUGAUGGCUCUGUGCCUGUACUCAUAGGAAUUUAGAAGAAUGAGGGGUGUCUCAUUGAAACCUUGUUCCAACUAUCCAUCAUACCAUCCACAUCUGGCCCCACCUAUCACCCACCGGCUUCUGUCCUCCUCCCUCCCCCACCUGGUUCCAUCUGCCAACCAUACUCAUCCACAUCGGGCUCCACCCAUCACUGGCCAGCUUCUGUCCUCCCUGUCCCACCCACCAUCCUCUGCCACACCCCACCAUCCAAUACACAAUGCCACAUACUGGCAAUCUUUCCUAUUUCCUCUUCAUCCUGAGACAGGGUCUCGACUUGCAACAUUGACAUACCCCUUCUGCCUCCACAGAUGCUGCUUGACUCUAUGAGUUCUUUCAUUCUUUCAACUCCAGGGCCUGAAUCCAUUGCAGUGGAACCUUGAAUAAAAAAGCAGCAAAUGUUGGAAACACUGAGAUCAUUCAGCGUCUUUGGAAAGAGGCAUUGUUAACUCUUCAUCUGAACAUCAACACCUUCUCUUUCUACAGACACUGCCUGACCUGCUGAUUGUUUCUAGCAAUUUCUGCUUGUAUGUCAGAUCUCCAGCAUCUGCGUUUUUUUUUUAUCUUUUUCUUUUGCAGAGUUGAAGAUGUUUGACUAAGACAGCUGGAAAUCUAAAAUCAGCAACAGGGGCAUUUCAGGUCGAUGACUCUUCUUUGGGAUAGCCCCAGGCAAGAGUCUUAAGAGUUCAGUGAGUUUUGCGUCAUUACGGAUGCUGACUUCAGUGAAGUGAGAUAUUCUCAGCCCAUUUUCUUUAAUUAGCCCAGUCAUUUAUAUCAUCAUCUCCAUUCGAGUGUAAUCUGGUGGCCUUAAUGAGAGGACUGCAGUGAGACUGCAGAAGGAUAAUAAGCAGGUUGUUGCAGUGAAGAGAUUGGUAGUGUUGGAGGGCAGAGAAUGAAGGCGAUUGAGAAAGGGAGGGAGACAUUAGUAAAGCAGGAACAGAGGUUAGGACAUUGAGAUGAAGAACUGUCACACUCUGAAACACUGACACCCAAUCCCCUUUUAUUAUUGUGAACAAAAAAGUUACCUGGACCCUCAGGAAAAAAAUUCAAGGAAUGAAUAGAAUGAUUCAAGUAAUGAAUCUGCUCGAGAGGAACCGUCGCCAUUUUAUGUCUCCUACAAAGCAAGGAACCUCUUCUUAAAUGUCGAUAGUUAUUUAAUGAUGACAACCAUUGUAAAACUGAAGGAAUACUGUUCAAUAAAGA